AUGCACAAGGACACGCACUCCACCAUCGACGAGUGGGCAUCUAUCCUUAGACUAACUCACUUUUAUAUCAUUGCCACCUCAUCGUCGGUCCAGCUCGCCAAGUCUAUAAGCCUCAAGCCCGCCAUGGACUCGCUCCGCGACAUGACGGAUACCAUGUCCGCCAUAGCAGCUGCGAAAGUGCUGCCGAUGCUCCCAGAGACCCGCUACUCCCUCCACCUCCCCGCUUUGGCCCGUCAUCUCAAGGCCGUCACUUCCCGCAUGCCCCCAGUGUCGUGGGGCCACGCCGCUGCCGCCGCCGCGUGCGCGCUGGCGGCCUGGUACGUCGUGGCCAGCGCGCGGGCGUGGUACCGGCUCCGGCAGUUCCCCGCGGCGUCGUGGCUGGCGACCUUCUCGUACCUCUGGCUGGCCAAGACGACGUACAGCGGGCGGCAGUACUGGGUACACCGGGAGCUGAACCGCAGGCACAAGCAGCGCGGCCCGCUGGUGCGCAUCGGCCCCAACGAGCUCAUGACGGACGAUGUCGAGAUCCUGCGGCGCGUGAGUGCGGCGCGCAGCGGCUACGAGCGCGACACGUGGUACACCACGGGCCGCUUCAACCCCUACUACGACAACAUGUUCACCGUGCUGCAGCCCGCGGCGCACACGCGCUUCAAGUCCCGCACCGUGCACGCCUACAGCGGCCGCGAGAUGCCCGACUUCGAGGCUGGCGUCGACGGCCAGGUCCGCACCCUCGUCGACGCCAUGCGCCGCGGCUACGCCCGGACAGGUGCCCUGCUCGACCUGGGGCCCAUCUCGACCUACUUCACCAUGGACGUCAUCACCCGCCUCGGGUUCGGCCAGGAGUUUGGCUACCUCGCGGCCGAGACGGACCUGUACAACUUCCUCGGGAGCGUCAAGGACCUCUGGCCCCGCAUGUCCACGUCGGCCGACGUGCCCUGGAUCCGCAACGUCCUGUUUUCCAGCUUUUUCCUCAAGCUCCUCGGACCCAAGCCGCAGGACAAGGAGGGAUUCGGAGCCUUGAUGGCGGUGGCCGAGCACCACGUGGGCAAGCGCUUCAAGGAGGGUCGGGAUUCCAAAAAGGACAUGCUCGGCUCCUUCAUCCAUCACGGCCUCACGCAGAAGGAGUGCGAGGUAGAGGGCCUCUUCAUGGUCGUCGCGGGCACCGAGAGCACCGCGUCGGCCAUCCGCUCGGCUCUGGUGCACACAAUGUCGACGCCGUCGGUGCUCGCGCUCCUCAGGGCCGAGAUGGCGUCCGCGAUCGCCGACGGCCGGGCGUCCAGCCCCGUGGUCCGGGCGGACGAGGCGGCGCGGCUGCCGGUGCUGCAGGCCGUCGUGUACGAGGGCAUCCGCAUGCGGCCGCCGCUGCUGGGCCUGCUGCCCAAGGUGGUGCCGCCUGGGGGAGACACGCUGGCCGGCGUCCCCGUGCCGGGCGGCACCGCCAUCUGCGCCAACCAGUCGUCGCUGCUGCGCUCCGAGGACCUCUUCGGCCCGGACCCGGACGUCUUCCGCCCGUCCCGCUUCCUCGACCUUCCCGAGCCCGAGCGCGCGGCCAUGCAGCGCAAUGUCGAGGCCGGCGCGUUCGGGUCGGGCCAGUGGCAGUGUGUGGGCAGGGCCAUCGCCUUCAUGGAGCUGCACAAGGUUGUCUUUGAGCUUUUCCGCCACUUUGACCUCCAGCUGGCUCAUCCACUCAAGCCUUGCGAUGUGGCUAGCUAUGGUGUUUUUCUCGAGUCCAACUUGAUGAUCAAGGUGACGGAGGCAGGCAAAGUUUGA